AUGCGUCGGUUGCGUGAGACCAUUCGCAAAAAGAGUCCAGAUUUAUGGAAGGAAAACUCAUGUAUUUUACACCACGACAACGCACCGGCUCACACAACGUUGAUUGUGUCGCAGUUUUUGCCCAAAAACUCCACCAAUAUCAACCAAAGCAAAAAAUCAAAUGGUGAAGCUAAAACUGCAGCAUCCGAGAAAUCACCAAAAACUAUCAGUAACAAUAACAAUAAUGGCAGUAGCAGAGAUAACAACAUAUGUGGAAAACAUUCAUCAAAUGGCAAGACAAAUUGGAAUAGUAAGUGCACACAGAACACAUCGGUAAAUGGUCAGAGAGAUUCAGCAAACGGUAGCACACAUCAUGCCGUACCAGCGAAAACAUAUCACAACACACGUUGUACGCGACAUAGUAAGCCACACACCCACCACACCACUAGUAACGGCGUAGUUGCUGCAAAUGGAGAAGUAAGCCAUCAUCAUGUCAAUCACAACCAAAGCCACAAUAAUCACAAUCACAGUCGUACUAAUGGACAUCGCAGGAAAUCUGAAUCCGUCUUAUCAACUGACUCGGAUAUACGUUUCACACGUCGUAAAUUGGGAGAUAGUCAAAAGUGCGGUUGCGCUGUGAUAGCAGGUUUUCUAGUCGCACUUUUGAUGGCUGGUAUCUUUGUUUAUUUGGGUUAUACUUACUUCAAACCGGAACCACUCCCAGAUCGAACAUUUCGUGGCAAAUUUAUGGUUUUAAAUGAUAAAUGGUCAAUGGAUUUGGCAGAUCAAAAUUCUCUACGAUUUCAACAUAAGUCGCGGGAUUAUCGUGAGCGUAUUAAUUUGGUUGUGAAGCGAUCCGAUCUUAGAGAAGCAUACGAAGGCAGUGAAGUAUUAGCUUUGGAUGGUUCUGAAGAUACGAACGCGCUUGUAAUUCACUUCAACAUGAUAUUUGAUCCAUACGUUGGUUUGGUGUCAACUGCUGAUCUUUUAGCUUUGUUUGCGGAAGAAAUAAAUGCUCCACAACGCAAAUACUUUGCCAACAUGACAGUCGAUCCAAAUAGUUUAACAAUCAAGGAAGUAACUGGUUUAAUAGAAGAGCCUGUUAUGUCAUCAUCGCCAUUAGGUGGUGAGGAUGAAACUACAGAAUAUAUAACCACCACACCGAAACCUCCAAGACGUUGUGAACCUUUAAAAUUAAACUUUUGUUCAUCUGUCGGUUAUAAUAUUACCACUUAUCCAAAUCUCUUGGGUCAUUACACUCUAGAGGAUGUACAAGCUGAUGUUAUAGCUUUCCGUUCAUUGGUUGAUGCUGAAUGUUUUCGAGAAGCUUUUGAUUUCGUUUGUAGACUUUUACAGCCACCAUGUGAAACACAUAGCAUCUUAGAACCUACGCCUGGUAUGAUCUGUCGGGAAUAUUGUCAAAUGUUUAUGAAAGGCUGUGCAAAUCACUUGCCACAACGUCUCAAACGUUUCUUUGACUGCGAACUGUUUCCAGAAUCGACAGGUAUACAAACGUGCCAUCAAAAGCCACGCUGUGCCAAUGAUUUACAAAGUAAUGCCUUGAGCCCACGUUUAUGCGAUGGUUAUGCGGAUUGUCCUGAUUUCAGCGAUGAACGUACUUGUUCAUUUUGCAAUGCGAAUUCUCUGUAUUGUGGCAGAGGUAGAGCUUGUGUGCCGCGUAAGGCACGUUGUGAUGGCAAAGUAGAUUGUCCUGAUGGCGCUGAUGAAAAAGAUUGUCUUUCUAUAUCACCACUUGCUGCAGAUUUAUUGAAACCCGAACCAAUGGUACCAUAUCUACCACGUUUCCAAGCAGAAGGUUUUGCAGUAUUUUCAGAGAAAGGCAUUGUUGGUAAAUUGUGUGCAGAAGGCUUGGAAGGUGACAACAAACUAAUAGUACGCCAAACAGUUGCUGAGUCGCUCUGUAAAUCAUUGGGAUAUGAAUCAGUUGAAAUAUUUGAAGUACGUAACGAUACCGAAAGAGUAGAGGAUUAUGUGCGCGUUUUGGAUCCACAUGCACCUGAAAUAUCGUUUAUACGCACCCAUUGUCCAGCGCGAGAAGUGUUGUAUGUCGGUUGUGGUGAAUUACAAUGCGGCAUUCAAUCGGUAUUGACACCCAAACAGUAUUUAUCAUUACCAAAAAUGGCUUCUCCAGGUGAUUGGCCAUGGUUAGUCGCUUUGUAUCGUGAAGAUAUACAUGUUUGUGAUGGCACACUGAUAUCUGCAGACUGGGUACUUACAACCGAAUCAUGUUUUCAAGGUCAACCACGUGCAACAUGGAUGGCAAUAUUUGGUUCUGUGCGUUUAACUUCUAAUGCACCAUGGACACAACGACGCCGUAUAAUUGGCAUGAUAAAAAGUCCGAUUGAAGGUUCCACAGCAGCACUUAUACGUUUAGAAACACCUGUUACAUAUUCUGAUCAUGUCCGUCCAAUAUGUUUACCAGAUGAGCUACAACGUAAACAGGAUCAUGAGAUACAACGACGUGUAUUUGUACCAAAAGCCGAAAGAUUACAAAGUAAACAAGUGCCUUCAUCUCAAAAUGUACCAGCACAAAGACGUUUAGCGCACGAAACUCAACAAUUCUUUGUAUCACCGACAUUAGACAAUGGAAGCAAUGAAAAAUUGUUGGAAUCUUCUAUUGAGAGUGAACGAUUUUAUGCAGCCGCAUCUCAAAUGCCACAUGCAGAGGCUUUAAAACAGGAACAAGCAGAUUAUGAUGGAUAUCCUUUACCUGAGACAGCACCACAAAUAAAUUAUUAUGAUAGCUCACGUGGACAGAAUGGAGCUCGUGGAGCUGCUAAUCUGCAACCAAUUGUACCAGAACAUUAUGUUAACUAUCCAGCAAGUAGAGCAAAGACGGUUACUAAGGCACCUGAACAAAUAUGGACAAAUUGUAAUACAUUGGGCUGGUCCAGACAACGUGAUCAUUUGCAGCGUGUACAACUUAAAAUUGGUGAUAUGGCACCUUGUGAGAAUAUAUCGAUAGCUACCGUGAAUAGUAUGUGUACGGAAGCAACAUAUCAGAAACAUGACUGCACGCAAGAGGAAUACUCAGGAGCACCAGUUCAAUGCCUGAUACCAGGCACAAAUCAAUGGGCACUGAUUGGUGUUUCAUCCUGGAGAAUUGCCUGUGCAGCGUCGGGAGUUGAAAGGCCACGAAUGUAUGAUAAAAUUACAUCGAAUGCUGCAUGGAUAAGGGAAACAGUAAAUUCAACAUAGAUAUAAAUAAUAAUGAUAAUAAUCAUUUAAAGUGUAUAUUAUAUCAUAUACUUCAGUUGUAUUUUGUGUGCUUGUGUCAACAAUAUUAAAAUAUUAUUACAUCAUCAUUAUUAUUAUUAUUAGUUGUUAUUAUAUUAUAUAUUGAACAAAAAGUAU